AUGACUACUACAUCUGAAAAACUAGAUGAAUGUGCUAUUUGCUGUGAAGAAUCUACAAAAUUAUAUCAAUGUUGUUCAAAUGAAGCUGAUCGAUUUUGUGAUGUAUGUUGGUCAAAAACCAUAUCAUCAAUUAUUAAGAAUGGUAAAAUAGGUUUAUUAUUAACUGGAAAAUUAGACUGUGAUUUUUGUCAUGAAUCAAUUCAAUGUAAUCGUCUUCCAGAAGAAAUUCAAAUUCGUAUUAAUAAUAUUCUUUCAACAAUACCGAAAAUAAAAAAUCCAAAAUCUAUUGAAGAAUUUAAUUAUUCAUAUAAUAAUUCUAAUGAAUUACGUCAUUGUUUAACAAAUGAAAAAUUUAUUUUUCUUACACAACGUCAUUAUAAUUUACUUGGCAGUUGUAUAGAUACAUAUAUUCAAUCAUUAAUGAAAUCUGAUCAAUGGAAUUAUGAAGAAAUAUGGUUACCUAUAAAAGAUGAAUCUACAAAUGAUCAUCAUGAUCAAGUUAAUAUAUUUACUUCGAAUGAUUUUAAAGAAAAUGAAAAUGGAUGUUUAAUAUUAAUUCAAGGUUCAGGUGUUGUACGUCCAGGACAAUGGGCACGUUCAUGUUGUAUUAAUGAAUCUCUUGAUAUAGGAAGUAUGUUUCCUUAUAUGGCUAAAGCCAAAGAACAUAAUUUAUCUGUAAUAAUUCUUAAUCCAAAUCAAACAAGUUAUGUUGUUGAAAAAACAAUCGAUACUGAAGAUACAACUUCUAUUAACAAGGACGAGAUUGGUGUCGGCGAGAAUACAAGUUCUACCCAUGACAAACAAGAUACUGCCGUUAUAAAUACAACUUCUACUGAUAAAGAAGUUAAUUCUACUAAUGAACAAAUUUCUACUGCUAAUGAAGAUAAAGACAAUAAAGAAGAAAAUUCUGAUCAUAACAAUAUUGUUUCUUUUUAUUUAUCUUCCGAUCCACUUCCACGUCCAUUAACACAAAAAAUUUCAAAUUUAUCAACAAGUCGUGAACAUGUUCUUUAUGUUUAUGAUCAUAUUAUAGCACAAUCUCCAGCAAAAAAAUUUUAUGUUGUAGCACAUUCAGCAGGUGGUGAUUGUUUAAUGUAUUUAUUACGUAAACGUCAAGAUAAUAUUUUACCGAAACUUGCUAAAAUAGCUUUUACUGAUUCAGUUCAUUCAUUAUUACCAUUUGAUUCAAAUGAAAUUAAACAUUUUUUAAAAUUCAAUGCUAUACAUUUUGUUGCUAGUGAUGAACCAAUGGGAACAUCAAUUGAAUAUGUAUAUGAUUUUUCUCAAAGACCAGCUUGUCAAGAAGUAUCAGCUGGACAUCCAAAACAUGAAUAUACAUCAGGACAUAGUGUUCAAGGAGUUUUUGAUUUUUUCUUUCCUUCAGAUAGUAUUACUGAUGAAAACAUAGACAAAAUAAAAUUAUAA